AUGAUUCAUCGAAUGAUAGAAAUGAAUAAUACUAAUACAGAUUAUCGACGACCUAUAAAAAAAGAAGAACAAAUAUUUAUAUAUGAACAACUUGAACUAUUAGAUCAACAAUACUGUCUAGAAAUGGAUCAACAAUUAUGGCAAUCAUAUUUAGAUAUUGAUUUACAACAUCAUAUAUGGCCAGCAAAUAGUGAACGAAAAUAUUUAUCAAUGAGAAACAAUGAUGAAUUGUUCAAAUUUAAAGAUGAUAUUUAUGAAAAAGAUCUAUUUAAAACCAUAUCUACUUCGCCCCUGCUAAAUAAUCAACAAAAUGAAUAUUUAAAUCGAUUAAUUACAACACGAGAAAAACAAGCCGGAACUUGGAAAGAACAACUUAUCUUAGAAAUACGAAUUCAUUGUAAAUUUUUAACACAAAAUUUCGAUCAUUUGGAAAAUUUCAUUUCACCUCUUACUUAUUUACCAUUGAACAAUAAUCAAAACAGUAUUGAAGUGAAAAAUAAACGUUAUAAAAUUAUACAUGAAGGAAAACUAGCUGAAGUGAAAGAUGAACAUAAAGAUAUUUACACAAAGAUUAAAAAUCAUCUCGUUGAGUAUCCUCAUUGUAUACCACGAACAAAACCAAUUUUCGAUCAAUAUUCAGCCCAUCUUCUUGAUUAUUUUAAUCAUUGUUAUUGUACACCAUUAUCAUAUAAAGAUCAACUUCAAACUCUUGAACAAGCACAAAUCGUCGCAUCAAUUGGACAAAUAAUUAAAAACAUGGGUCUUAUCAUUCGUAUUACUGAUAAGGGCCAUAAUUUUUAUAUUGGUUUAGCCAAUGAAUUUGAAAAGAAAGCAGAAAAAUUUUUCUCCGAUACAAAUGCUUUUAUUGAAUUAUCUGAUAAUCCAUUCAAUGAAAUAUUCGGCAAAGUCGUCCAAUUACUUGAUAAAUUUCAAUCAAAAAAAUUUAUUUUACAAUGGCAAUUUAAAAAAAUGAUGCCUGAUCGAGAAGAAGCUGAAUUAGCUCACUUGUAUUUUAAUCCUAAAACACAUAAGGUGGAUAUACCAGUUCGACCAAUUGAAAAUACUAUUCGUGCUCCAACAACAAAGAUUUCAAAAUUUUUAGAUGAACUACUACAACCCAUAUUCGACGAUAAAUGUAAAAAACCAACUAUUAUUAAUGGCGCUCAUUUAAUUACAGAACUUUCAGAAUAUACCAAGAAAGGUCUUUUUCAAUCAACAACCCUUUUUUGUACAUUUGAUAUUCAUAAUUUAUAUACCAUGUUACCACAAGACGAAGCAUUGAAUACUCUUAUGGAAUUUCUUCAUGCACAUGGUUAUAAAAAGGUCAAAGGAAUUAAUCUUGAUAUAAUAAGAAAAUUAGCUUUCAUUGUAAUUAAAGAAAAUGUAUUUGCUUAUGCCAAUAUUUUCAUGUGGAAAUGGCAAAAAAAAAUUGUUGAUGAACAAGCUACGAUAGGUGAAUAUUAUGGCAGAUAUAUUGAUGAUAUUUUUAUGACAUGGAAUAAACCUGAAAAAGACUUAAUUAAAUUAUUAGGUAAAGCAAAUGAAUACCACACAAAUGUUGAAUUAGGCUAUAAAAUUGAUAAAACUCUACCAUUUCUUGAUGUUCUUCUUACAAAUGACAAUGGUACUCUGUUUACAUCCGUUUAUCAUAAACCAGCAGCCGAACCUUAUGUUGUACCAUUUAUAUCCCAUCAUCCUCGACAUGUUUUCACCAAUAUUAUCAAAACUUCUCUUACACAUGCUAUACGAUAUUCAUCGACAUUUCAAGCAUUCAAUUAUGAACGACGUUAUAUUAAAUUAACAUUACUAUAUAAUGAUCUCUCCAGGAUCCUAACAGAAACACCUGCUAUGAAUGCUAAAAUAAUUGUUGGAAACCGUAAUCGUCGAGAUGCAAAGAAUGAACUUAUACGAAAAUGA